AUGUAUCAGAAAAGCCUUCUCUUCUCUCUCUUUGCCACCAGCGCUUUCGCUGCUCGCUACACCUUCCCCCUUCCUGACUCCAAGGGCAGCGAGACUUUUGACGAGCCCAAGGAAAUCACCGAUGUCUUCGACGGUGGCAUGAAGACGUACGGGCGUGGUGUUGAAUGUACCGGCCAGGACGAGGGUGGCGAGAGUGAUGCCGUCUUCAUCAUCAAGGAGGGUGGUACUCUCAAGAACGCCAUUAUUGGCUCUGACCAGAUCGAGGGUGUUCACUGCCAGGGUGCUUGCACUGUUGAGAACGUCUGGUGGGAGGCUGUGUGCGAGGACGCCCUCUCCCUCAAGGAAGGCAGCGGUCCCUACCGCAUCAUCGGCGGUGGUGCCCAGGGCGCCGACGACAAGGUCAUCCAGCACAACUCCGGCGGCGAAGUCAGCAUCGAAGACUUCACCGUCUAUGACUUUGGCAAGCUCUACCGCUCCUGCGGCAACUGUGACUCGAUGUCCGAGCGUACCGUGACCAUCUCUGGCGUUACGGCCGUGAGCGGCAAGUCUCUUGCUGGUAUCAACAGCAACUAUGGCGACACCGCCACCAUCACUGACACCUGCGCUACCGAUGUCGACGACAUCUGCAUCGAGUACGAGGGUAACAGCAACGGCGAUGAGCCGGAGAAGAUUGGCUCUGGACCUAGCGAUGCGUGCAAGUAUACUGAGCCUCUUUCCUCGUGCUAA